GGAACGAGCAUAGAAAAUGUGUGAGUCCUAACACAAUUUGAUUUUCUGGAUAUCGAUUUUUACUUGGAUUUAAAUAGCAUGCAGUUUUCAAGAGUAGCGUGCUGUCCUUCUUCAACAACAAUACCAUCGGCUUCAAAGACAUCGUCCAUGCCUCCUGUCCUAAACUCUUACCAAAGCACAGGUGUAUUUCCCGACCCCAUCCCUUGGUCCUUUUUGCGCGAUCGUUCAUCCCCUGCAUUUUCUUGAUCUCAGCAGCGUCCAAACCUUUUGUAGAACUACCACUUCGUCGCUCAUCAUGCUGACAGUACGAACCGUUUUUGUAUGACACAACUGGUGUCCGACGAAGUUCCCAAGACCAACUGAAAAACCAGUAGGUGGAAGGACAUUCAUGCAGCUAGCAUGUGUAGUAGGCGCACAUAUCGCAAGAAUAUGAUUAAUACUUAUGUGUAGACUAUAUUGCUGAAAGAAACGGCAAGGAAACUAUGUCUGUGACUGUGUUCAAGAACAAGUCCAUUUUUUUUCUUAAUUGUCGAGAGUAGCUCGUCCUUUACCUUUUGACAUUUUGAAGCAAGUACGCAAGCAUUACCCCUCGCGCCCUAAAGAAAACACCCAAGCCUCGCAUUUUCUGAUUGCUCUGAUGAGAAGCUCUGUGUAUUAACAAGACGUAAAUGACAUCUAUUCCCCUCGCUAGAAGAUUUGAAGAUCGUUUUUUGACAAACAAAAGAAAAUGUCUGACCUGUCAAUGUCUUGGAUGAAGCGUGACAGUCCUCCGCCUGUCCCUGCUGGUUCUCGACACGCUUUGGAGACAGCCCAGGGAGUUGCUUUCGACCAUGUGAUCAAGAAUUUCCAAUCGUCUCCAGGCGGAAGCAGCAAUGGCUGCAGUUCAACAAGGAUUCAACAGAUUGGACAAGCAUAUCAAGUAGGAGGUGCGAGUAGCAGUAGCAGCCGAGCAUUGGGCAUUAUCGCAGGUCAGCAGGGUGCGGAGGAGAGUUUUUCUCAGAAUAUUGGGAAAGAUUCAAGCAUUCACCCGCUAGCACAGGGCGGAAACGAAAAUGCACCUGCAUCUGUUGACCGUCUGUUCCUACUACCCUCCGAAGUCGCAGCGAAAGUGGCUUGUGGGCACGACCUGGAGUUCCUCUGCCCGAACGCUACGUAUGCAGACCUUUGGCGCCCAUCACCAGUGGUAUCGUGGUCGGGUACGUCGGAAAGGCUUGAUUCGGCACUGCAUGGAUCAUCAUUACUUCCGCCGGCGUGGAAGCAAGGUGGGCUCACGUUUUCUACCAGCACGGACCAGCCUGCUCGCAGUGUCGAUAUACCAAAAGCGCAGGUAGAAGAGGACCAUGAACCAUAUAGACCUGCCUUAUCAGCAUCGAGUACAUUGCAAGAACAUGCAUUGCAAGCUCUAUGGACUGCCUGUCCUAACGCGCGUCUCCUCCGGUGCGAAGUAGGGAUGCGAAUCGCCCCGCGACAAGAUAGACUACAAGCAGGUACCGCUGCGGGGACUACGUCCAACGAAUUGACAAGCGACAAAGCGCCGAGCCCACCUACAAGCGCAAGAGGUUCAAGCCCAGUAGGAGGAAUAGACGGAGGAAUAGCGGGAUUAGCCGAAGCUCUCGUCAUUCCAAUUCAGGGAGCAGCACAUGUGGAACGGGCAACGUCAGGCGAACAAAAUCAAUAUCUUGGUGCUCCUGAGCCCGAAAAUGGUGAAAGCAGCAUCCUAUCCGUCUUCCGGGAGUCUGCGAUACCUCGUGGGUUCGACUGCCUCUAUCGUCUGCCGCUGUCAACGUAAAUGAAGAUAAGCACCUGCUUUCUGUAGUAUUUUUCGAGACCUCCGCGACGCACACUUUUGUCAUUAUAAACCGCAGCCGCACAGCAUCACAACACCAUUCGUGAUCUCACAUAUUAGUUCGUUGCUCAUUGCUAUUUUAUGGAGGGCCAACCGGUAUAUCGUGUCUUGAUAUUAACCUCUAAUACAUUCUCUAAUCGUUGUUCUUUUAUCACGUUAUUAUUUCCCGCUGUCAUCCUUCGUUCCCACAAGGUACUUCGAAGGGCAUGCGGCAGUGAGAUUUCCAAGCUGCGCUUCUGGAGGCUUCCUAGUGAAUUUCAGCGUUGACGACACCGUUCGAGAAUUCUUGCUGCCAAAGAGUACCGGUUGUAUAACGACAAACCACACAUCUUAUUCAACUUCAACAGCCAGCAGUGGCACGGAAAGGGCGACAUUGGUACUCCUGCCUGCUCAUGCACUCGCGCUUUGGUCUCUGCGUGUCCGUGCUCUGUGGCCAAGUGUCAAUGUGAAGAUGGUUCGAAAGUGUCGAGAUCUCCCAAAAUCAAGCCUGAUGCGCACUAAGGGGCUACAUGAGGGAGAAAUAGAGCAGAAAAGCGGGAAGGUGUCGUCUUCUGGCGUAGACUCCUCAAAUUCUAGUGCAGAUGAUGACGAUGCCGGAGAGUUGCAAACUCCAGACGUUGUUCUAGUUGCUGAGGAAGUGUUCCUAUCUUCCCUGUACAAGACGUGGCAGGAACAGCGAAUAAAAGACAUUGAGGCUGAAAAAGCGGACGGCGUCACGAACCCAUGGAAAUACCCGCUCCGACGCAUUGGCGAUAGUGAAAGCAACAUAAAGAAAUGGACCUCGACAUCGUCUUCUGGCAGCAGCAGCAGCAGCAGUAGCAGCAAAGGAUCAGCAACGACGCUACCAAAAGAGAGUAGCUAUGCUCCGCUCCCUCUACUUGAGUCGAGAGUGUGGAAUCGCGUGAUAUACGAUCGGAGUCUUGAGGAUGACGAGUGUCCAAGUCGACCGGCCGACUUCGUGUUCCAUCAGCUUAGAUGCCGAUCGUCCAAACUGAUUCGCGCAACGCGCUGCAUGCACAUUCCUCGUCCUGCAUCUUCGAGCACUUCAUCUAGUCUCCUAGGCGAUGGCUCUUCGAGCACUACAACACCUAGAAUAGAGCAACCAGCAGCAAAAGACAAUCCAGACUCGAGCGGCAUCAGCUUGCGAGUUCUCGCUCCGUUGGCGUUGGCUUUCGGGGUUGACCUACUGGGUCCUGCAUGGAAACGGGAUCCAGUGGCAGAUGUGAAUCGAGCGCUGCGCCUGCGACUUGACAGCUUUCAUCAAGAAAAUCCCUCUGCUUCUGGCGGUACAAAUCAUGUUCCAAAUCUACAGGUGCAGGCGACGCCAAUCGUUUGCGAUCGCAGUAGGUCAUAUUCAUCCGUGUCUUCUGGCGGGGGGAGUGCUUCACUGACGAGUGCCGUGCCCAAGUUCGGAAUAGCACAAAUUCAAAUGCCUGUCAUAGCCAAAGCAACAGCAAAGAAUGGGGUGGGAGGGCCUCUUCUAUUUGGAAGGAGGUCCAGAAACGGUAACAGACGAGGUGGGGGGAGCGGAGGAAAUCAGCACCCUCCGGCAGGGCAUCAUGCUCAAUAUCAUGCAGUCGUUAAAAGAAACGACAAGCAUCCAGGCGUUCUUGGAACUCCUGCCACACUCGCCUCUACGACAGUUUCAAAAGCGGCACAACUAUCGCUCGCACAAGCCCGCAAUCGAGAACGCAAAGAAGCUGAGGCUAGGCUUCGCAGAGAGGAAGCUGCAACCUGGUUGCGCCGAGUGUGCAGCUGCCCGUUUGUCCGGGACAACGCAGCGCGAUUUAUUCGCAGCUUCUUCCUCCGGGGACGGUCAGGAACCAAUAUUGAUAUUCAGGCUGUAUUUUCAUACCCAAGUACCAGCAGUUGCAACGUGCCGGUAGAAGCGUCGGUUAGCACAACGAUGCAUUCGAUGAACUCGAAGAUGCAAUCAGCAAGCUCUACUUCAUUCCGCGCAUUAGGCCACGACCACGAGCUCGACCACACCUCAACCCUGGUGUCGUCCGCGUCGUACAUGCCAAUCUUAGGUCAUGAAGCGCACGCACACGGAGAGCAGCACAUUGUACUGGUCGAGCCAACUGCCUCUGAGCGACGAGUGUUUUCUGUGUCAAAGCAGGAACGCGCAAAGCAUAGCUCCGACACACGUGCGGCGCAAAUGUCUGCCAUUUUCCGCGUCCCUGGCAUCCGAGCCAUCGCCAACAGCAAGAGUGCACCGUUGCUGCCAAGUGGAUUACAUUCCAUCCACGCACACGGGGGCCACGCACUGGCGCGCGAAAAAUGCAAAUCCUUGCACGCAGAGUUGAUUAAAACUUUUCGUCUUCUGAAAUGCUACACCCGCAUCGGGUGUCUGCUCGAGCUGCUCCUGGCGGGGAAACAGCCGAGCACACUCAAACGACAGCGUGACGAGGAGAUGGAGCAGGAAGUCGCUGAGUCGCACCCGUCUUUGCACCACGAGAAUCCGAGUGUAUUAUCAGCAGGAGGCCAUGAGGUGGAGGCGCAGUCAAGUUCUACAACAGGCGUAUAUGCCAGUCCUGAUGGACCUGGCUUAAAGAAGUUAAGGAAACUCGAACCUCACUUCAACACAAUCGAGCAUACUACUACAUCCCAACGGGAGGCUUCUGCUUGUUCAACAAAUGCUACUCGCGGUGCGGCUGCAGCAAAGCAAAGUUCAUGUCUCGAAAUGGAAUCAACUGGAGUGUCUUCCUCAUCGAGUAGUUCAUCUAGUUGCUCAAACCAAGCUGGCCAACCUACUGCUGGGGUAGAUAUCAACUCGAGCGCUACUCCUCAACACGGACCAUUGUCGCUUGAAGACGAUCUUCUUGCGGAUGAUGAUGAAGAUACUGCGAGAAAAGCAGCGCCAGCAAAGCACCCGAGUAAGGAAGUCGCCGCUGCAGCAAGAGGUUCUCCGCUUGGAAAUCAAAGAAUGGCGUGUGCCAUUCCUCAGCCAUCUUCAAGUAGUAGAGCUGAAGGAAGUUGUAGCAGCACAGCUUUAGUGUGCACGUCAGGCAGCUCUUCUUCAGCCACUUCGUCCUCAACUUGUAUUACAAGUACAACGACGCGCAAACCAGCGCAGGGGCCGCCUCCACCACUCCCGGCGACAGGUGCUCCACCGAGUUUUGGAAAAACUACAUCCAAGCGAACUCCUGACUCGAGUCCCUCCAGAAAUUCCGGAGUUCUUCCAGUGCCUUUCGCUUCUGGCUUGCGCUCUAUCCCGAGUAAGGGUUCCUCUGGGCAACAGCCUCGACGGAUUUCUCUCUCGUUCAGCAUGCUAGAGCUGCUUCGGAGCACCGUCCAGACGCCGGCAGGCCAAAUAUGUAUCGCCGCAGGAUUAGAGUUAUUGCAUGGAAAGAGAGACGAGCAGGACACUGAAAAGCGACCUGAUAGAGGUUCCAAAACAUCAUGUAAUGCCGGCGAAGACGGAACAAACGAUGUGAAUAUGGUCGGAACUCAGUGCACAGGAGCCUCGUCAUCCUCGAGCAAGCUGGAAUCGAACAAGGCUGCUUUUGCACCCGAGCCGCGUCCUCCCGGAGAAGCACUUCCUAGACUGCAUCCGCGCUUGCCGUUGUUUGCGCGUUGGGACGAAGCUGAGAGCCUGGACCUCGGGGAUGACCUGGCAGCUUUUGCGCUAGCGCAGCUCCAACGGCUUCGCGCCAAUCUUAAGGCGGAACAAGCCUCCAUAUUGCGAGAUUCUCGUGCGGAAAUCCGUGAACUAUUUCCUUUUCCAGAUGUGGUGUCGCGUAUUGCGAAACUCGCGAAUGCCGAGCAACGUCGAGCGCUGGGUCUGCCGCGCGCAGGCGUUCGCAAGCCACGUCGUCGCGCCCCAAAAAGAAAAAAUACAGCAGCUGGAGUUGCAAAAGCAGGCACAGUAACGGCAAUGAGCACAACAGCCACAGGCGGCGCCGCUGGAGCAGGAAAAGCAGGUGCAGUUGCGAAAAGCGGCCAGAACUUCGAACAAGCUGUCGCACGGCGGCUCGGUAACAACAGCGUGCAUGGGCGGAAUGCUGGCCCCGCUGGUGCCUCUUCGUCAACUUCUUCGCGACAGGGUCCGCCUCCCCAGGUGCUUGCACCGCCACCUUCGCCAGGGCGUCGCGCCCUGCGGCCGCGGCGCGCCGCGCGCGGGGGCGCAGGGGGUACUACAAUCCGCGCCCGCUUUGUGUCUUCCGCCCAUGGGCGCACGCGACGUCAGGUGGUUUUUCACAGCACUGCUCGCGGUGGCGAAAGUGGUCUCUUGUUGCGAAAAAGGCCUGUUCGACCACUAGUGGCAGAAGAACAGAAGGUGUUACCAGAGGUCGUUCUGCAAAAGCAUUUGACCGCACCUGAACGGACGAUUCGCUCCGAGUUUCAGCGCCAUGAUGCAUUUUUUUCACAUCUUUUCCAAGAGCUCUGGGUACUCACGAAUGGCUUCAGCAGGCCCUACAUCCAUUGGAUGGAGCUGCGGCCGACGCAGCAAGCAAUGAAAAAGAAGAACAAAAAUCGAAGAAAAAACGCUGCUCAGCAGCAAGCGAAUCUUGCAAACGGUUCUUCCGCAUCGUCUGCAGGUAACAACACCAGCGGCACAUGUAGCAACGUCGCUGCGCUGCCAGGUGGCGCUGCUCCCAAGAACGGGCGGGUGAUUAUGGUCAAUGCGCCGCCACCAGCGCAAAUCCACCAGGGCCGACGUGGUGCGCCAAUGUCAACGAGUAGCAGUAGCAGUGUUGGAGUGUACAUUCCCUCAUCGAAAGCAGCUUCAAACUCGGCUGCUUCGCCCACUGUUGGCACCUCUUCAUCAACGACGACUCCCUUCGGAACCAGUAGUCGAGCAGAAAGUUUGUUGCGACAGUUUGCGUCUCGUGUGCAGAGCGUGGUUAAGGCCCUAACCCAGGACAAGCUCCGACCUGUGGCCAAGCAGCUGAACUUUUUUGCGCAAAUGCUGGAGACAGCACUGGAGGAGUGCGAGUGUCCCAUCUGCAUGGACGACGUUGCGCUCGACGAGAUGCACAUCACCGGCUGUGGGCACGCCUUUUGUCGUAGUUGUGUCGACACGCAGAUCGCGAACGCCACCGGCCAUAACGCGCCUACUUGCGCUAUCUGUCGGCAGCCCUUACGGCGCACGGAACUCUUUCCGGUUUUGGCCGAAAUCACGUUUCUCGCAGACCGUCAACUAGCGACCGCGAAAGGUCAGAAGAAGCUGUACGAGGCAAAAAAACAGUCUAGCUGUGCCUCCUCUGCUGGCGAUUUUGUGGGGGAGGAGGACCAUGGCUUAAUUCCUCACGACGAAAAUGUGUCGAGCUCUAAUGCUAUCCACGUGGAAUUUCCAGAUCAUCAGAAUCCGUUUCCUCGUGAAGAUAUCACGAAAAAUCGGAGUGGUCCGUUGAAUAGCGCACGACUCGGAGGAGACGACAAAAGAGUGAACGUGGACAAUGAAAGUGGUACUCUGCUGGGAAUGUUCUCAGGCAAAAAAGAUGUCGACCGCACUUCCUUGGACGAGACUACGCUGCGCUAUGUCGACACGCGUCUAGAACCUGGGUCGCAUCCGCGUAUUGAUGCAAUCGUUAACGACAGCUUGGGACCUGACGCGGGUUCGAAAGCGGUAGCGCUCUUGAGGUGCUUACUGCGAAUUCCGACCUUCCUCGAAUUGUCGUCUUUGAUUGCUUCUACCUCUAUGGCGAGCUCCACAACGGCGAACAGCUUGCUUGCCACGGCUAAAAUGUGUGUCAUUGUGGAGUCUUCUGCGGAUGUGACGCGAAUCGAGACGGUGCUACGCCACUGCGCGUUACGCUUUCGCGUGCUCAGUGAAGCAGUGACUCAGAGUAAGACAGCACCAGCACAUGUUCUGGCGCAAUUUCAUCGCACCGACGCCACAGGCGUCGACAUACUGAUAGCCGAUGUGGGCGCUGAUCUCGCAAGUAUGCAGCUAGCGCCAGAGCGGCAACUGCACGCCGUCUUUCCGUAUCCGAUCAGGAACGAAAUAUUGGAGCAGCGAGCCCUCACAACUCUGCGUCCAGCGCACAUCUGGCGCCUCUGCCUCAAGCACACCGAUGAAGUCGCAAUGAUAGCCAGCAGACUUCACUAG